GUCUUUCUUCUCAUCAAAUCAUAAUGUAAAUAAUGUUCAUUUGUUUUCUAUGCAGUAGUUGAGAAUUGGGACUCUGUUACCCAGGAAGAUAAGUGGUUCUUCUAUAAUGAAGAAGAGUAAAUAAUAGUAAAGAAGUAUAUUUCUUUACUAAGGAGAAUGUAGAUGAGCAGGUUUCCAUCACUAUAUGAGUGUCUUGAGUGAGGUCAACGACCUUGUGGAUGGAAUUCAUUAACCAUACCAGAUGAGCAUGUUUACCUUCAUCAGUGAUUUUGUUGAUCUUGCUCAUCCGGAUCAAAUGGGUAUUAUGCUGCAGAGUUACAUGACACAAGUCAGACUUGGUUCUGGCAUGUGAUCAAGUGGUUCACAGGACUACUUUGAAAGAUUUUAGAGCACCGCUCCCUAAUCGAUCUGAUCUGAAAACACGGGUUAUAGAAGAAAAGAGAAAGAAUCAGAUGCUUCGACAACACUUAGAUGAGCAGGAGCAACAACAACAUCAACAAAAUAAAGAUCACAUGUGGGCAUCCAUUAAGGAUAAAUUUGAUGCCGAGUACAUAGAGCAAAAGAGAGAUUCAAUAUUAAGACACUUGCACGAUUUGUGGAAUAAGUGGUGUGGUGACAUGCACAGGAAAUAUGUGAAAGAAAAUUUAUUGCAAGUUGCAUUUAAAAAUAAACCUGCAGAUGUUGAUGACUGGGAUUGGCUAGUCAAGGAACAUUAUUUUCUUCAAAAUUUUAGAGGCAAAAGAAAGAUGCUCCACCACACGGGCAGUAAACCCUUUAGACAAAUUGCUUGGGACUUGGGUGGCAAGUCAGAAAAUCCACCUUAUGUGGCAAAAAUGUUUUAUAAAACCCAAAAGAAAGCUGAUGAAACACUAGAUACUGGGGAUCAAGAUAAAUAUGAUGAAAUUGUCCAAGUCAAACAAGCAAACCAUUCACUUUCAGACAUUAAGGUUGUUGAGAAAAUCUGGGGGGAAGCAACUUAUGGUCACAUCACUGUAUUUGAUGGUGGGACUACUUUGUAAGAUUUGAGAGGACCGUUCCCUAGUCGAUCUGAUUUGGAAGCACAGGUUAUAGAAGAAAAGAGAUAGUUUCAUGUAUUUUUCUUUGGAACACUUAUUACUAGUAUUUCAUAUUUGAUGAUGGUGGAAUAUUAUUUAUUG